UUCCUGGAUGUGGAGAGCAUUCUCCAUCAUGAGUCCUUUGGAAUUGUUUUCUUCUCCCCUCCCUUUCUGCCGCUCAGCAGAAGGAGUAAGGGAGUCGGUGGCCUUCAAGGAUGUGGCCGUGGCCUUCACCCAGGAGGAGUGGGCGCAGCUGGACCACUCUCAGAGGGAGCUGUACAAGGAGGUCAUGCUGGAGAAUUACAGGAACCUGCUGUCCCUGGGGUUUCCGGUUCCCAAACCAGACGUGAUCUUCCAGCUGGAGCGAGGGGAAGUCCUGGGGAUGCUGGAGAGAGAAGACCCAGGAGGUUCCUGUCCAGAUUGGGAGACUAGGCCUGAAGCCACGGAGUCUCCUCCAAAGCCGGGCAUUUCUCUGGAAGAAUCAUCCCAGGAGAGACUCACGGGUGACAGUCCCUGGGACUCCAGACGGGGAGGAGGAGCCAAAUUAGAGAAACAGAAGAAGCAAAGGAUUCCUUCCAGAGAAUUAGCCAUCAUGUCCAAGAAAACUCCCAACAAAGGGAAAGACCAUGAACAUCAAAUACUGGGGGGAAACUUGAGUCAGGGAUCAGUGCUGUCUCUUCAGCAGAGAGCACCUUUGGGUCAGAGUCACCACGAAUGUGACACAAGGGGUGUGCACAUCAGGAAAUAUUCAGACCUAACUAAAGGUGUGGAAAGUGCCUCCAGAAAUGGAUGUUCUCAGCAUCAGGAACACGAUAAGUGCUUAAAUUAUCGGCCAGACCUUGCUCGGUAUCGUAAAAAUCGUGCCAGGGAGAAAUCGUAUGAAUGCAGUGAAUGUGGAAAGACCUUUAACUGGAGCACAGAUCUUAAGAGACACCAGCAUAUUCACACUGGAAAGAAGCCUUAUAAGUGUAAUGAAUGUGGGAAGGCCUUCAGCCAGAGCACAAAACUCAUUGCCCAUCAAAGAAAUCACACUGGAGAGAAGCCCUAUGAAUGCAGUGAAUGUGGGAAGGCCUUCAUGCAUCACUCAUCACUCACUUACCAUCAAAAACUUCAUACUGGGGAGAAGCCUUUUAAGUGUAAUGAAUGUGACAGGUCUUUUAGCCAGAAGACAAAACUCAACUACCAUCAGAGGAGUCACACUGGAGAGAGGCCUUUUAAAUGUAAUGAAUGUGGGAAGGCCUUCAGCCAGAAUGCAAAGCUUAUUUAUCAUCAGAAAAUCCAUACUGGUGAAAAACCCCAUAAGUGCAGUGAAUGUGGCAAAGCAUUCAUUCAUUCCUCAUCCCUUACUUACCAUCAGAGAAUUCACAAUGGAGAGAAAUCUUACAAAUGUAAUCAGUGUGGGAAGGCCUUUGGCCGGAGCACAGAUCUCAUCAGGCAUCAGAAAAUUCAUACCGGAGAGAAACCUUAUAAGUGUAAUGAAUGUGGGAAGGCCUUCAGCCAGAGUUCAUGUCUUACUGUACAUAAGAGAAUUCAUACUGGAGAAAAACCCUAUGAAUGUAAUCACUGUGGUCAAGCCUUCAGUUGGAAUCGAGACCUUAUUAGACACCAGAAAAUUCAUACUGGAGAGAAGCCUUAUAAAUGUGAUGAAUGUGGGAAGGCCUUUACUCGUAACUCAUCCCUUACUGUGCAUCAACGAAUUCAUACUGGAGAGAAACCGUAUGAAUGUAAUCAGUGUGGGAAAGCCUUCAGCUGGGACACAGACUUCAUUGGACACCCAAGGAUUCACGCUGGAGAGAAGCCGUAUAAGUGUAACGAAUGUGGGAAGGCCUUCAGCCAGAGCACAAAACUCAUUUACCAUCAGAAAAUUCACACUGGAGAGAAACCCCAUAAAUGUCAUGAAUGUGGUACAGCCUUCAUGCAUCACUCAUCCCUGACUUACCAUCAGAGAUUUCAUACUGGAGAGAAAGCUUAUGAAUGUAAUCAGUGUGGGAAGGCCUUCAGCUGGAGCACUGAUCUUAUUAGACACCAGAGAAUUCACACUGGAGAGAAACCAUAUAAAUGUAAUGAAUGUGGGAAGGCCUUUAUCCAGAAUACAAAGCUCAUUUAUCAUCAGAAAAUUCAUACUGGAGAGAAGCCCCAUAAAUGUAAUGAAUGUGGUACAGCCUUCAUCCAUCACUCAUCUCUUACCUACCACCAGAGAGUUCACACUGGAGAGAAACCAUAUGAAUGUAAUCAAUGUGGGAAGGCCUUCAGGCGCAGCACAGACCUGAUUAGACAUCAGAAAAUUCAUACUGGAGAGAAGCCUUAUAAAUGUAAUAUAUGUGGGAAGGAUUUCACUCAGAGCUCAUCUCUUACUGUACAUCAGAGAAUUCAUACUGGAGAAAAACCGUAUGAAUGUAAUGAAUGUGGCAAGGCUUUCAGUGAACACUCAUCUCUUAUUUGCCAUCAGAGAAUCCAUACUGGAGAGAAAUCUUAUGAAUGCAAUCAGUGUGGAAAGGCCUUCAGGCAGAGUGCAAACCUUACUGUACAUCAGAGAAUUCAUACUGGAGAGAAACCUCAUGAAUGUAACGAAUGUGGAAAAACCUUCAUACAACACUCAUCUCUUAUUUAUCAUCAGAGAAUUCAUACAGGAGAGAAAUCUUAUGAAUGCAGUGAAUGUGGAAAGGCCUUCAGACGAAGCACUGACCUUAUUAGACAUCAAAAAAUUCAUACUGGAGAGAAGCCUUAUAAAUGUCAUGAAUGUGGGAAGGCCUUCAUCCGGAGUUCCUCCCUUUCUGUACAUCAGAGAAUUCAUACUGGAGAGAAACCUUAUGAAUGUAGUCACUGUGGACAGGCCUUCAGCUGGAGUAGGGAUCUUAUCAGGCAUCAGAAUAUCCAUACUGGAGAGAAGCCAUUUAAAUGUAAUGACUGUGGGAAAGCCUUCACUAGGAGCUCUUCUCUUACUGUACAUCAGAGAAAUCACACUGGAGAGAAACCUUAUGAAUGUAAUCAGUGUGGGAAGGGCUUCAGCAGGAGCACAGAACUUAUUAGACACCAGAAAAUCCAUACUGGAGAGAAGCCUUAUAAAUGUAAUCAAUGUGGAAAGGCCUUCAGCUGGAGCACAGACCUUAUAAGACAUCAGAAAAUCCAUACUGGAGAGAAGCCUUAUAAAUGUAAUGAAUUCAAUCCAAUUCAGUUUAAUGAACAUUUUUUAGCCUACUUUAUGCAAGGCACUAUGCUAGACACUGGGGAUGCAAAAACAGAAAUUAUGCAAUCCCUGACCUCUCCAAGCUUACAUUCUAUUGGGAGGAACAGUAUGUACGCAGAUAACUAAAUACAGUGUAAUUUCUGAGGCUGGAAGCAAAUCUAACCACUGAAAAGAUCAGAAAAGACCUCCUAUGGGAUGUAGUCCUUGAGCUGAGCUUUUAAGGGAGCUAGGCCUUUCAAGAGGAAAUCAGUGAGGAGAGAGAGCUUGCCAGUCAGAGAAACAGAAAAUUGAAGGUUGUGAAUUUGGAAAGGUCUGCACAGCAUAAAUCUUGCUGCACAUGACAAAAUUCAGAGUUGUGUGAAACUCCAAUAAUCGAUACUCCUUCCUUGUUUACCUUCAAAGAAUUCAUCUGAGAGUAGUUUCAUGAUUUUGCUGAUUGUGGAAAAGCCCUUCCCCUUUUAAUUUUCAAUUGAACAAACACUUGUUAAAUAUAUACUGUUUAUGCACCAAACUUUAUCCUAUAGGCUGGAGUUAUAAGGGAAAUUAUCUGUUCCUGCCCCUCAGGCAGCUUACCUUCUACGAGGGAAGGGCCUCUACAGGUAGAUAAGGAAGGAGACACAAAAGAUACACAAACUAGUUUGAAGAUGGAAAGAAAGCUAUUUGUGGAGGGAAUCUGGAAAGGCUUCUCAGAGAAAGUGGUGCAUGUACCAUACUUUGAAAGAAGCUAAGAAUUCUUUAAGAGGGAGUAAGGAUAGAGUACAUUCUAGAUGGAGGGACUCCACUUGUGCCAAGGCAUGCAGUCAGAACAGAGAACAUCAUACAUGGACAACACAUUGCAGGCCAGUCUGUCUGGGAUGGAGUGAGUAUGUGUGAUGGUGAGCAUAAAAUAAGAUUUGAAAGGUAGGUGGGAGCCAUAUUGGAGAGUUCCCAGUGCUAGAUUGAGGAUUCUCCUUUAGAGAAUCAUGGAUAGUAUUACAGUGAUUAUUCAAAUAUACAAACCUUGUAAUAAUGGAAAGACUCAUAUUGAGAGAAGCAGUGCUCUAUAGUGGACCAGAUUCAAGAAGACCUGAGUUCAUAUCCUGCCCCUGAUGCUUUCUAAAUGUGGGUACCAUUAGCAAAGCCAUUAAGCUUCCAGAACCUUAUUUUCCUCAUCUGUAAAUUGUGUUUAAUAACCCCAGUAGUGCCCACAUCUCAUGGGGUGUUGUGAGGCUCUAAGAGAUCAUGUCUGGAAGGAACUUUUGCAAAAUGUAAAGCAUGAUAUAAACAUUUGUUAAUACCAUCCAUAGGAAAAAUACAGUUAAUGUUCCUCAUGACAUAGCCACACACAAUUCUGUUUCUACACACCUAGGGAAAUACACAAGGGGAAAAAAUAUUUCACAUGUGACAGGCAGUAGAAUUUUUUUUUUGGUUGAAGUCAUAUUUUCAACAAUCUACCAAACAUUAUGUUCCAGAUUUUCUUUUGCACUCAUAACAAGUCUAAAAUGGUCCUUUAAAUAUCUGAUUAGAUCUACCCAAUCUCUUCCAAGUCUCUGUGCCAAUCUGGAUCCAAAAGUCUUCAGACCUUCCAUCCCCAAAUGAGAAUAGGAAAAGGCUUUAGUUUCUCCAUGAUCUGUGUCCAUUAAGAGCCAGUCAUCCCAAACCUGGGAUACUAUAUCAUUUAAUAAGCCAGCCAUUUCACUCCGAACCUCAAAGAGGAUUCCAUCCCUAGUGUGGGAUAAAGUAUAUAAUCUCAAUGAUAAAUUUAAACCAUUUUCAUGAACAAAAUAGAAUAAGAGAAGCUAUAGAAUGGAAAACCAUCUUUCUCAAACAUCAAGUAUAGGGCCAUUCUCCAGUUGUUAAGUGGGCAAAGGAAUUAAAUGUAUAAGACUAUCACCAAAACAAAUGGGAAGAUGUUCUGCUAAUACGACUAAUCAAAAUGCAAAUUAACUAAUCUCUGAAAUUUGAUCUCACACGCAGAAAACUGUCAGGUACAAAAAUUGUCCUUGUGGGAAAUCAGGCACACUGAGUACACCGUUGUUGGUGGUAGGAAUUGUUACUGCUGGUCAGGAAAAUAAUUUGCUUUAUUUCAGACAAGUUACUAAAUUGCUUAUUCUCUCUGACCCCAGUGAGCCCAUUGCUAUGAAGAAGGGAAGGUCCCAUAUGUAACAAAAUAAUCAGAAGCAACAUUUUGUGGUAGCAAAAAAAAAAAAAAAGAAAGAAAAAAGAAACCGUGGAAACAAAAGGGUUAUCAGUUGGGGACAUGACUGAACACACUAUAGAAUAUUGAUUUAAUGGAAUAUGACAGUAUUGUAAAAAAAAAAAUGGCAAAUGGGAAUAAUUCUGAGAAGCUUAGGAAGAUGAGUGAAAUUAUAUAGAGUGAAGAAAGCAGAAAUAUACAUAGUGACUACAAUUCUCUUAAGUGAAACACAAAAUGGCUAUUGAAUUCAUGAAAGUAUCAAUGUUGAUCCCAAAUUUAGAUAAAGAAACACUCCCUCCACUUAGUGGAGAAGGCUGUGGACUGUGGAUCCCAAGUGGGGCAUAUACAUAACAUAAAGUUACUAUAUUUGGCCUGUUUCAUUGGAGAAUUUUCUUUAUUAUAAGGAAGGGUGUGGGGGUGCUUGCACAUGUGUGGAGCAUUUAUUGAGAAAUGAUUGUUAUAAAAAUAUAGAGAUGUCAAGAUUUGGGGGGGGCGGGGCAGUUGGGGUUAAGUGACUUGCCCAGGGUCACACAGCUAGUAAGUGUUAAGUGUCUGAGGUCGGAUUUGAACUCAGGUACUCCUGAAUCCAGGGCCGGUGCUCUAUCCACUGCACCAUCUAGCUGCCCAAGAAAACUUUUAAAAUUCAACAAAAAUCAUUAGAAAAGGUAGAGGAAUUAUGGGUGUAGGAAGGGAAAAAAUUAAGAAGAUAAAAAAGUAAAAAGAAAAAAAACACCAACCCUGAAACUAAUGUUUAUCUGUAUUAAUAAAUAUGAGAACUUAAAUACAUCAACAUCUACAUGUAUGGAAAAUGUACAAACUGACCAAACAAGAAGUGGCUAAUGACAGAUUAGUCUCAGAAGGAAAAAUGAGAUUAUUAAUCUCCCCCAUAUAAAGGUACCAGAACUGACCAGAAGUGAAUUUUUUUUUUCUAGAGAGAAUUAAUAUUAUGAGGAGAGAAGUGAAUUCUUUUAGACUUUUAAAGAAUGUCAGUAUUUUCUAAAGCCACAAGAAAAUUCAUGUGGGGUGGGGGGGAAUCAAUAAGAAACAUGAUGGAGAACUUGCUCUCCUAAAUUUUAAAACGUUAUAUGGAAAUCACAGAAAUAAAAAUUGUAAAAAAGAUAAUGUAGGAGUAGGGAGUAGUUAGUUGUGCUGAAGGGACCCUCCAGAGUUCAGAAAUCAGUUGCAGCCCCUCAGCUCUCUGUUGCCUCUUGCUCUCACUAUGGCCUAUGGCUGCAUUUUUUUUUUUAAGUCAAGGACGGUCACAGAAAAGCUAUAUAUAGGGACUGAAAAGAAGUUGCAAGAGCAUAAAAAACAAAUAAAUUGUCAAUAUUUUAUUACUGUUUAUAUGGUGUUUUGCUUUUUUAAAUUGAAAUGUAAAUAGUUUGGAUUUUACAGUUUCAUUUUGAGAUCAAUUCUGUAACAUUUGCCUGUUUGUU